AUGUCGAGCUCUCAGCUUCAAGCGUUGGCAAAGGUACGUGGGAUGUUAGACUUUGCCCUACACCCGUCUUCGCCUGACACGAGCGGUAUACCCGUCGGAGAUGAGAAGCUGCGGAAGGUGAUGAAGUGGGUCUCCAAGCGGGAAGAUCCCAUUGACGGUGAACUGCUGCCAGAUGCGUCCCAGACGUGUGCGUAA